AGCAAUAGGUUAUUUUUUAACCUAUUGUAAUUCCACGUCUUUGCAGGUGACAUUUCAUAUUUCAAGUAUAAAAACUGGGUAGGUUUUUUUUUUCUUUUCUUUUCUUCUAAAAAGGUCUGUCUCUUCACCUGUGUCCCUACCUGCCUGGGAUUCAAUUACAUGUUGCAGGAAGAGAUGGAUGCAAGAAUCUAAUUAUACCUAUAGGUAAUUAAGUUAAUAUCUCAUAUGAAGGUAACCGAUGUCUUCUCAGAAAUCCGAGACCGCCAUCUAUAGUGGGGACAGGAAGGACUAUGGCAUGACUUAUGAUGGCACGCCUCCCAUGUUUGUCUGUGUCUCUUACACACACACAUACAGAGAGAGAGAGAGAGAGAGAGAGUUUGCCCCACAUCUUUGUUGCUAUAACUACCCUCUGUUACGGCAGUCGGUGAUGAAGCCGUCUGCAGGCGACAAACAACGGAUCCACUACUGAUGCUCUUCAAAUAGUUUUUUCACAAAUGCAUCAACACUGAAGAAGAAGAAGAAGAUGAUGUCCAGUCUGCCGACAGGAAAAAUCCGAAGGACUGCAAACAGAGUGUAAAAAACAUCCUUAUCCGCCUUCUGGAUCUCAAACUUCACAAGAAACCAUUUUACAUAUUCUCCUGGUGCGACCGUGUGUGUCUGAUUGGGACCUGGUGUGUGUCAGGAGGCUAUGGUGAGGCGAUGUGCACAGGCUGGUGUGAGGAGAGAUGUACCAGCAGCAGUGGAGGAAGACGAACAGGUAAAGGAGUGGAUCUUCAUUUAUGGCUGUGCGUCUCGCUCUUGUUCUCGGCCCUGUGGGGCCAAGCGUCCCCCCAGUGCCCGGACAGCUGCCACUGUGCCUGGGACACGGCAACAGUGCUGUGCUCAGACGCCGGGCUGCGGGAGAUUCCAGAGGGGAUCCCACCGGAAACUGUCUCCCUCCACCUGGAACGCAACUACAUCCGGAAUAUCCCAGAGAGCGCCUUCAGCGACCUGGUCCACCUGCGAGACCUGUACCUGUCCCACAACCGCAUUGACUCGCUCGCCACGGGGGCCCUGCGGCAUCUGGGCCCCGAGCUGCGCCUGCUGGACCUCUCACAUAACCAGCUGAGGCAGGCCAGCAGGGAGGAGUUUGGCUCCACUCGUGCAAAGACACGCCUCUACCACAACCCCUGGCACUGUGACUGCGCCCUUCAAGAACUGAUGGAGACCCUGAACCUGGAGCCCGAGACAGUGAAUGGGAUCGUAUGUGAGAGCUCUGUGCGGGGGCUGGGCGAGGGGAGCAGGUGGGAGGACCCGGGGGCGCAGGGCGAGCACGCCGGUCAACCGCUGGUCAAACUGUUGGAUUCUGGGGUGAAUUUCUGCAGCCUGCAGAGGAAAACCACUGAUGUAGCCAUGCUGGUGACAAUGUUCGUAUGGUUCUUUAUGGUCAUUGUGUAUGUAGUGUACUAUGUGAGGCAGAACCAGGCCGAGGCCCGCAGGCAUUUGGAGUACCUGAAGAGUUUGCCCAGCCCACGCAAGACCCCCACGGAGACAGACACUCUAAGCACUGGUUUCUGAACUCUCAGACUGCUCAGCUGUAAUUUAUAUGGAAUUAUAAUCCAAUCCCAUUUUUAUGGAGAGCGACUGAUAAACUUCAAAAUGCCUUGUGGAGUCUGUGGAAGAUGCUGAUACAGAGGAAAUGAACCUUUUACAGCUGUGCUUUGGGAUUGCAACAUUUCUUUAAAUUUGUUACUACUGAGCCCCCCAUGUUUUUCCUGAUAUUUCUUUACCUAUUGCAUUUUUCUCAAUUUAAUGAAAAAUGAGAAAUUAGUAUUUGUUUACUCAUUCUAACAUGUGCACUGAGAGAAGAGUGGAAACUGAAAAACAAAGUGCAGCAGAAGAUGAAAGGACUGAAAAUAAGACUUUAUAACCUUCUAUCUCCCUCUGUAGUCCCUCUUUCCUUUUCUUUUCUUCUCCCACCAUAACCCUUACUGAGGUCUUUUAUCUUUCAUUACGCUCUAAUUAGGAGACUUUGACCAACUGACCCUUAAUGAACACUUGAAAGGCACUAAUCAGCUGGAGUGUGUUUAUCAGGUCAAAAAGGAGAGUGUGCAAACUCAGAUGUGUGUCCUCAUCUAAUUGCUUGUUUCAUUUGUGUGUGUUUGUGUGCGCAUGUGGUGUUUUUGUGCUUUGUGGCCAUUUUUACUUUGAUAACACUGAUUUUGGACAGGUGCUAUUCAAGUCUUUCCUAAUACACACUAACUAAGCCAGUUGUUUCGGUGCCAGUGGAGAACUGCUGAUCUAAAUUUACUCUCAGGAAGCCAUUAGAGCUGGAGGUGAACUAUUUCGUCUCCAAGCUGCAGCAAUCAGCUCUGAAAUAUCUGGACAGCUUAGUGUAGGCCUACAUACAGCUGUCACUGAUUGGUACAGAGAAAUUUCAGCCAGAUUUAGAAGCGGAUCGUUGUUAUAAAUUAGAUUAGUAUAGCCAUUUAUCCUGAGAGAAGCUGUUAGUUUAGCUUUAAUUAAUCUCUUGAGUCCUUUUCAGUCCUCUCUGCACUGAUUGCUGUGUACAAAUUGUUCUGUCUCUCAUUUUCCACAUAGGCUGUGUGUCAAUUGAUUUUUGUUCAAGCCACUGUAAAAAUAAGCAAAACACUUUGAUAAUAAAUGGAAUAAUUUUCUCAAUUAUGGCAUUUAACGGCUGUAAUAUUAAGAUUAAUGCCAUUCCUGACGUGUAUUCUGCAGGUGCACUGAAUAUCUAGCUCUACGGAACAAAACCUGACUGGAUUAGUCACCUUUUUUAAUUUCACUUGAGUUUAUUGUAAUCAUAUUUACUGUGGCAAUACCUGUGGAGCAUUAUUCUCUGAGGAAAGGGUCUAUCGUGUGGUUAAUAUAGGCUAUGUAUAUUUAUCAUUCUUCAUUGUUACAAACAGAAACUGUAAAAUGCUUUUGUCAAUUUGAUAGUCAGCAACAUUUAAUGUAUGUUUAGGUCAGUGGUUCCCAACCAACCAGUGGGUCAGGACCCCAACAAGAGCUCACAAAUUUUAUCUGAGGGGUUGCAAGAUUAAUGACAGGAUAUUAAAGCAGAAAAAAAUUAGUACAUAAAAUUAGUUACACUUUUUUUCAGACUUUUCCUUUAAUGUUUUUGUUCUUGCAAAUUAUUGGAUAACUUUAUGUGUUUUAGCCUUUUAAAAAUUAUUCAACAAAACAAGGAAAAAAAUCACUAUGGUUGAGCAAAUACUGGCUAUGUAACAGAUUAUAGGGGGGUCAGAAGCAACCAUUGCUUUGUUGAUCACAAGCCAAGUAGGUUGGGAACUACUGGUUUAUGAGGAUGUUUUUAGCCAUGCUAGCAGCGUGGCUCUAGGGAUGGCAAUGUCAGUCAACAGCUAUUGGAUGGAUUUUGAUGAAAUUUGGUACAGACAGUAAUGUUCCUCUCCAGAGGAAUUGUAAUAAUUUUGGCAAUCCCUUAAUUUUUCCUCUGGCACCAUUCUUUGGUCAAAAAUGUUAUUUGUCCGAUGCUUUGGUUUAAGACUAAAUACCUGCAAAACUAAUGACAUUCCCAUCUGCCUCAACUGUACUUUGUGUUUAGUGCUAAUUAGCAAAUAUUAGCAUGCUAACACACUAAACUAAGAUAGUUAAUGGUCAUGUUAUACCUGCUAAACAUUAGCAUGUUAGCGUUGUCAUUGUGAGCAUGUUAGCAUGCUGCAGUAUUUAGCUCCAAGCACCACUGUGUCUAAAUACAGCCUCACAGGGCUGCUAGCAUGGCUGUAGACUCUUAGUCUUAUUCAUGUGUCUUUAAUCUGUGGUGGAUUAAAGUGUACAGUUACAACCCUCUAAGUGUUCAUAGAUGUAAUAAAACAUUACUGUACCCCAUUUUAUCUAACAAUUGGGUUGGAAAAGUGGCAAGAGCUGAGGCAAAACCUAGAAUAGGACAACUGUGUACUGUAACGUGCUAAAUGUGGUGUGUGUGCUUUGUAAUUUACAGAGAGAGACUGGUUGAAGUUUGUGUUGUUCAGGAUGAACUGUGAAUUAGGGUUAGAAUCAGUUAAACUUUGAGUAGAACAAUGUUGAUAUUGUUAUAACUGGUCCAUGUAAAAACCUGGUCUUGGUUGGUAGACCACAGGCUAAAAGAUUGGAAUAAGAAGUUGGAUAUUUGUUCUGUGACAUUCAAAAGAAAACUGUCUAUGGAUAAACUUGUGAAGCACUGUUGUUGUAACUUUACAUUAAUAUUUCCUGAAUGUUACCUGUCUGUCACGAAUCAUACAUCUAAUGUUGAUGUGCCAGAGUUCAGUUUCCCAAAUGCAUCUCCACCAUUAAUACAAUCUUUAACCCCCUUUGGCUUGUUAAGGUACAAUGAUGCUGAUAACCCAAAACUCAAGAACCAAGCAUGCCCUCUGUGUGUAGUUUUUUUCUUCAGGUACUUUUUUUAUUGGUGAUGUAUUUCUGUCCCAGUGAUUUGUUUCCUCUCCUGUUUGUAUGCUGAUAAUUAUUCAAACAAGGAUAAAGUCAGAUCAAAAACCAUUACAUCAAAUAAUAAAUGACCUAUCAAAAAGUGAUUUUUAGGAGAAAAAACAAAUAUAUAAAAAAUAAAAGAAACAUUGCUCUACUUUGUUCAUAGAAAUGCUUCUACCUUUUAUUGCUACUGUAGGUUGAAAAAGGCAAUAAGAGAAGUAACAGAAGUACAGGAAGACAUUAUCAAUUCACAAUGAGCUGAUCAUGGUUGGUAGUGUUUCCUAUUUCUACUCUACCAUGCGUUAAAACUAAAGGAAAUGAUUGAACAACUAUUUUACAUAUAUGUAAAAAAAAAAGUACAUGAUGUGAACUUUCGCCUCCUCCUUCUUCAACUUUGUCUUUGUUUUUUUCACAAAUCACCAUCAACAAAAUCAAAAUGGCCCCACAUUCAUCCAUCUCUCCACUGCCUUUUCUUGAAAUCUGAGAUGUUUCUCCCCCCUGGAAAUACAUCUGGACAUCACCACAAAAACACACAGUGGAAGCAGGGCACAGUGAAAUGUUUAGGUGUGACUUUUUUUUCAAGGAAUUUCCUUGGGGAAGAGUCAAAGCCAUUGCCCCAGAUAUUUCAACAUGGGGGAGAACAAAAUAGGAUAUAAAUAAAAAGCAACUUCAGCCUG